AUGCCCGGGACCCACACGCCGGCCCAGAGCAUCACUGCAGCUGUGAGCCUGGGGUGCCUCGGCCAUGGAGAAGAGGACCUCAGCCCGGGUUCUGAAGCCACGAAGACUCCCUCCAGCGAGGGGGUGGGGGACCCCCUGCAGAGGCCACCUGAAGGGCCGCAGCCUGUACGGCCCGAGCACAGGGCAACCCUGGAGAAGGAAAAAUUGUUGGCUGCACCCCACCAGGACCUCCCCCCACCCCUAAGACCAGGAGGAGGCGUCUGCCCUCAACAGAAAGAGGAGGAGAGUGGGGAUCAAGAAAGAAAUGACCCUCAGACCAGGCGCAGCCUCUUCCAGAGCAGGGGAGCCUUUCCACCUGCCAUCCUGUCCUGCGUCGUAGUCAUGCCAGUCACAGGGAUGCGACUGUCCCUCUGCACAGCAGACCUGCAGCUGACCAGCGAAGGCAAGACCUUCUGGCGGGUGGCAGAGGAGCUGAGCUGGUCCGAGGCCCUGGGGUACUGCCGGCGGCACCACACAGACCUGGCCGACCUGCACAGCAUGACCGGCUGGAGUAGCAUCAAGGCCCUCUACUCUCUCACCAGCAGCCACGAGGCCUGA